CCGCGCCGCUCACUUUGUGACUUUCCUCCCCCCCACCCCAACAACAACAAGCAAAAAGCCUCCAAAUUCAUUGAGGGCAUCGCAGACCGUCUCCUCCUGGCUCCAUAAAAGAGCGCCUCCGUCGCCUUGUUCCUCCCCCCCUCCCCGUCCUUGCAUUGUUUGGGUUUUUGUUUUUUGUUUUUUUGGUUUUGUGUGCCCACUCCAGGCAUCGAACCGCCGGACUUCUCCCGUUGACUUCACACUCUUGCAAGGAAAAAUGGGGAAACAGAACAGCAAGCUGACUCCUGAGGUGAUGGAGGACCUGGUGAAGAACACGGAGUUUAACGAGCACGAGCUGAAGCAGUGGUACAAGGGAUUCCUGAAGGACUGUCCCAGCGGCCGGCUCAACCUGGAAGAGUUCCAGCAGCUCUACGUAAAGUUCUUCCCUUACGGGGACGCCUCCAAGUUUGCACAGCACGCCUUCAGGACCUUUGACAAGAACGGUGACGGCACCAUCGACUUCAGAGAGUUCAUUUGUGCGCUGUCCAUCACCUCAAGAGGCAGCUUUGAGCAGAAACUCAACUGGGCUUUCAACAUGUACGACCUGGAUGGAGACGGCAAGAUCACAAGGGUGGAGAUGCUGGAGAUCAUUGAGGCCAUCUACAAGAUGGUCGGCACGGUGAUCAUGAUGAAAAUGAACGAGGACGGCCUGACACCCGAGCAGAGGGUGGACAAGAUCUUCUCCAAGAUGGACAAGAACAACGACGACCAGAUCUCGCUGGAGGAGUUCAAAGAGGCGGCCAAGAGCGACCCCUCCAUCGUAUUACUGCUGCAGUGUGACCUCCAGAAAUAGGCGGGCAAGUGCGCGCUCCACGCACCAGCUGCCACGGACUGCACAGAGAGAAUUUCAUGUUCCAUUCAGUUUGCAGCUAUUUCCACUGAAGAAAAAAAAAAAAACGACAAAAAAAAACCAAAAAGGUGAAAAAAAUUGCUUGGACUUCUUCCUCUCAACGGAUCUGCUUCUUGUGUUUGAAACACUCGUGUGCAUGAGAAUGUUCAUUUGCUCUAAAAAGAUCUAUAAGCAACAUAAGACAGUGUGCUUGUGCAACAGUGCGGGUGCACACUCACACCAGACACAACACACACACACUCAGUACAUAUGAACAACUCGCACAAAUAAUAUAUAUAUAUAUAUAUAAAUAGAUAUUCAUAUAAAUAUAUUUAAAUUAUUUAAUGAUAAACUGCCAAAAUGUGAAGUGUGCAAAGUAUUUUCCUGACAGUUUCCUUCUACUGGAGCUCGCGCAUCGGUGAUGUGCUACGUUGAAAUUUGUCGCUAUACUCGAAUUAUUGUUUAGCGUUUACUGACGCCUUGUCGUAUUUAAUUUAAGCAAAAAUUCCCGUAAGGAUGUACCCGCCUCCGGUCUCAAAUAUUAGCGCUAGAAGAGAUGAAACUGUUCCCUCAAAAACCACAAAAAAACAAAACAUGCUCGUACUGUCAGUAAACACUAUAAAUGUAGUUAAUUUGCAUGCCUUUAGGUUCUGCCUUAAAAAAAUCUCAUUUUCAUCCGGCGACUGAAGACAGAAAGCCUUAUCAACGCAACACGGCGACUCUCAGAGAGACUUCUACUGAUUUAAAUGUCAUUUUUGUGACCUUUUCAGACAUUUUCUUUUGACUGCUUUAACUGUGGGAGCAUGUUGUAGAUAAGCUGUUCUGUAUGUUGCUUAAAAAAACCUUUUCCUGUUUAAAUACACAUGUUCCCGCCCCCUACAAGCCAACCUAUGCUGAAUGUGGAGGACUGCAUCGCUUCUAGAAGAUACAACUAAAAAACUAAAAGCUGAAUUAGGCCGUAAAGCAAAUAGCAAAAGCUUAUUUUUCUUGCCUUUUUUUUCCCUUAAACCGGGUUGCAUAUCAUUCCGAAAAGUUGGUAGACUUAACGAAGCGUGUGCGACUUUAACGAGAGGACCAUCAGAAAAGGCUAGCAAGUUAGACGAUUCGCCCUCCUCCACCCCUUUGGAAGCACUUCUCUUUUAUCAGUCAGCCUUUUUGUACUUUUUUUACUCCCUUCUUUGCCAUAUUGUACAUGUGCGAGUCCAAGAAAUGCGGUGAAGUGCGGUACCUCCUAAGAAAGACUUCAAUAGCUUUGCUUGACCUUGAUAUAUUGCGAAACUGCACUCGUAGAAACAUUGUCGUACGGUCUCAUGGGAGGGGGCGGGGCAAAUGAGUCGUGGGACUCACGGUUGCUGCAAUAACGAUAUCACUCCAGUCCGUCACUGUCCCUCAGCGGUGUUGAUCGUCUCCGUCUGGCUUUCGAUCUUUCCGUUGUUUCCGGUUACCACUAUUGUUGCUGAUAAGAUACCAAAUGUAAGCGAUGGCGACUCUGUACAAGGAUCCUUUUGUAGCAUGUAUUGUGUCCCUAAUGACAUGGCUGCACUACUCCCUUGUGUUGUGAUUUAAUCAAAUAAAAGGAACUCUAUGGGC